AUACGACAUCGAGCCCGCGGACACCAUUAGCGAGCCGGGAAGGUAUAUCCUGCACCUGUCCAAGCAGAAGCAUUUCGUGGGUGUCCGUGUGUUUGAGGAUGGUUCGGCUUCCCUCAGCAGAACACACCGUCCCCAAGACAACCUAACAGUCGAUCCGGCAAAAUUGCGUCUGGAGGCUGUCGACAUCUUUUGCCUUGUAAGAACUUCAGGUUCGACAGAGGUGCGGGGUGGGCCGGUGAGUACUUCAGCUGACGUCUGCGGAGGAAAACACAUGGAGAUGUCAGCGUUGGAAUGCAUCGAGACCAUGACCCGAAUGGACAUUGUCACCGCCAACAGUGUGGAGAUCAUGCAGGGCACGCCAGAUCCUAUCGAGAUCACGGCACCCGUUCCAGUGCGACCAGCGCUCGCUUUCAUUCAGGAGGACGACUCCAGUGCAGACGAAGGCUUCUGGGAUGCUAGACCCGACUGGUAUGAGCGAGCACUUGUCGCUGCCCAAGCCAGAGAAGCCGAGGUUUUAUCCGAUAGGACUUCAGAUGAGAUGGACGAGGCAGGAAGUUCUUCGGAUGGCCUCGAUCGUUGCGGCGGCUCCUUUCCGCCAGAGAUCCUCAACGAGAUUGCCCAAUGUUUCUUUUCCAUGCAGUACUCGGAGUCCUUGGCGUGCGUGAACCGCUCCUUUCGAUCUGCGACACAAGACUCGUCUAUGUGGCGCAACAAGCUUUUGCCUUUGGAGGCGAAUGAAUUCCACAGCCGUGCUGCGGUAACCGCUGUGAGCCCAAUGUUAAGGGACGCCCGUGCCUUCACGAUCAAAGUCAGUCAGGUUCCUCUGUUCGAAGACCUUCCACGCAAUGCUUUUGUGAGCUGGAAGGCGGUCCAGUCCGGUCUCGUCGUGCAUUUGAACGGUGAAGGUGUCUGCAACUUUCAUUCUCGGAGCGACACCAUUCGAGGAGUCGGGGCUCCGGCACUGGCGAGACUCGCUGUGUGGGUGUACUUUGGCCGUGAUGUCGGCACCGAAGAGCUUGCAAUUCUCAGACCUGUGCCGUCAGCGAUCCACAGCGAGGCUCGCCUCGCCUGCGCUUUUUGCCUGACGUCUGGUUUUGUUUCGCAGCGUCGAUGGGCCGCUUGUCCUGGAUGCUACACCUGGAUUUGCUACGAGCACAAGGUCGAGUCGCCGACCCGGAUGUGCAGCAGAUGCACCUUGCAGCUGCAGGAUUACUGCGGAGGAAGCAGCGAGGCGAGUCACAGGUCCAGGCAUUUCGCCGACGCGAACGACUUCCUCCGAGCUUUGCAGAGCGGAGAAUCAGAUGGCAACGACACCAAGUCUCAUCUUGUCAUUCGUGAAGUUCUGAAUGCUCACAUGGCCUGCGUACGUGAACUCCCUGAGGCCGUCUCCCUGCUUCCAGAUCCCCGGGAGCGUGAGGUCAUGAGCAAGCGACGCUGGGAAAGACUUCUCCAUAGAGCCAGAACAAUUUUGGAUCUGCUGGAACAACACAGGCACAAGCUUCUCUAUCGCUUCUUGCACGCAGAGUCUGAGAAGCUCGGAGCAGACCACCUCGACUUCGUAGCAGACCUGGUCGAUCCCGAUGAGGUUGGUGCAGUUGCGUCGCAGUGGCGGCAGGAAGUAUGCGGACUUGCAGUCCGACUCUUGCACGAGCUGUUUGCUCACGAGAGGGAACGAGCCCGAGCUCAACAAGAUGUGGCAGGCGGAGCAUCGAGCACCGUCCUGGAAGCCGGGUGGCCAAGACCGCUGCCGAGCAUGCUUCAGAGUGUUCUUGAAAUUGAACAGCCCAACGACCCUUGCUUCUACAUGUCCGCCGAUCCAGAGAACGAGAGCACGGAUGAUCUUCCUGGGUGUCAAGAGUUGGCACACAGGCAUGCUCAUCCUCUGGACAAACGUCUGCACUUCAAGUCCGAUGGGCAUCAGUACUUUUUCGACGGUCGUGUCGUCAGCGUGAGUGUUACUGGUUUCAUUCACCAAUUCAUGGAAGACUUCGACGCUGACGUUGCCAUCGAAAAAAUGCAAUUUGGGUGGAGAUGGCCACGAGAAGAGUACAUGAAGUCGGAGCAUUCGAAUCCGCCGCUGGACCUCCUGGGCGCCAAGACGCUUUUGGAGGCUGUCGAACUCGACGUUGCACGACAUCUCAUCAGCUUCCUGGAAGAAGUCCCGCUAAACAAGAAAGCCAUCUGCUCCGAGAU